GAAAGAGAGGGUAGCAGAGGUGAGGAACCAUCUGUUGACUGCUGGAGAGCCUGUCACCCUGUUACCCUGAAGACUGCCUCCAUCUGUCUCUCGGGGCCUUAGAGCCUGAGGACAGCCUCUCUCUCUGGGCCUUAGAGCCCGAGGAUAGCCUCUCUCUCUGGGCCUUAGAGCCAGAGGACAGCCUCUCUCUCUGGGCCUUAGAGCCUGAGGACAGCCUCUCUCUCUGGGCCUUAGAGCCUGAGGACAGCCUCUCUCUCUGGCCAUACAGGCAGGCCUGGGGCUGAAGUCUGCCACCCUCCCUGGAUCUUCUCACCUGGAUCUCCUCACCUGGAUUUCCUGGGCCUCAGGCUAAGGGUCUUUGUUAGGGACCUGGGUCCGGGACUGUGGGAACAGUAGCAGCUGCGGCAGCAGAAACCAUGGAGGUGGCUAUGGUGGACUUUGAGAGUCUGGAUGACAUCGACAGCAGCCUGGAAAAUGAGCUGGACAACCCUGAUGACACCGCUGCCUUGGCGGUCGAUAUUCCCCCCGAACAAUGCUCCUUCCCCGGCUCUCACCACCUCUUCUCCCCGCUGCCCAAACACAUCUCCACCCCCCAGCCUCACCGCACCUCCUCACACAACCCCCACAUUUGGCACACCUCCCCAUGCUCGUCCCCGUCCGACAAUAAUUUGGGUGUACCUCAGUCGCCCCCCAUGCCAGCCCACAGCAGGAGGGGGCGCCCUAGCUGUGCCAGCAUCAUCACCAACUGGCAGAAGUUGCUUAAGAGUGAGACCCAGAUGCAGAGUGAGACCAUCUUCAGCUGGCUGGCUAAGGAGUGCUGUGAGGAUCUGUUCGUGGACAAGACAGGUCUAGACGACGGAGACCAAAAAGUCAUCAUCAACAUCGCCGGGCUACGCUUCGAGACGCAGCUCAAAACCCUCGACCAGUUCCCUGAGACCCUUCUGGCGAACCCUACGAAGAGGAUGGACUACUUUGACCCUAUGAGGAACCUGUAUUUCUUCGACAGGAACCGGCCCAGCUUCGACGGCAUCCUGUACUACUACCAGUCAGGAGGAAAGAUCCGCCGGCCGGCCAACGUUCCGCUGGAUGUGUUUGCUGAUGAGAUCGUGUUCUAUGAGCUGGGGAGUGACGCCAUGGAGCAGUUCAGAGAGGACGAGGGCUUCAUCAAGGAAGUGGAGAUCCCUCUCCCGACCAAUGAGAUGUACCGGCAGUUCUGGCUGCUGUUCGAGUACCCCGAGAGUUCCAACGCGGCACGCGGCGUGGCGCUGGUCUCCGUGUUUGUCAUCGUUAUCUCCAUCAUCAUCUUCUGCCUGGAGACGCUACCGGAGUUCCGGGAUAACGCCCUGGACCCCGUCCUACCCACCACCGUCACGCAGCUGAUGCCUUUCAAUGGGAACCAAUCGCUGGGCAGCCUCGGGACCUUGUUCCCGCCCUCGGCCACGCCCAAAACCAUCACCUACACGUUUUCCGACCCAUUCUUCAUCAUCGAGACGGCCUGCAUCGUAUGGUUCUUCUUCGAGCUGGUGGUGCGCUUCGUGGUCUGUCCCUCCAAGAGCAACUUCUUCCACAACCUCAUGAACAUCAUCGACAUUGUCUCCAUCAUCCCGUACUUUGUCACCUUAGUAACGGAGCUGGUCACCACUCCGGACCAGAACUCCAGCCAGGCCAUGUCUCUGGCCAUCCUUCGUAUCAUCCGUCUGGUCAGGGUGUUCAGGAUCUUCAAGUUGUCCAGACACUCCAAGGGGCUCCAGAUCCUGGGCCAGACCCUGAAGGCCAGCAUGCGGGAGCUGGGCCUGCUCAUCUUCUUCCUCUUCAUCGGAGUCAUCCUCUUCUCCAGCGCCAUCUACUUCGCCGAGGUGGACGAGCCCAGCACGCAGUUUGUCAGCAUCCCAGACGGGUUCUGGUGGGCUUUGGUCACCAUGACUACAGUGGGCUACGGCGACAUGUGCCCAAUCACCAUGGGGGGAAAGAUGGUGGGGACGCUCUGCGCCAUCGCUGGCGUGUUGACCAUCGCCCUGCCCGUCCCCGUCAUCGUGUCCAACUUCAACUACUUCUACCACCGGGAGACGGAGCACGAGGACAAGCAGCCGAUGGCGGACACAGCAGAGUUGGCCAUGAAGGCCUCAGGAGACAGUAAACAUGGAAGUAGCACCUCACUGAACAAGACCAACGGGACUUGGCAGAGAAACUAGCUCACUGGCCUGAGACAUGGAGACUGACAGUGGAAGAGACAGACUGGGACAGAGACAUUAUGGAGACUGACAGUGGAAGAGACAGACUGGGACAGAGACAUUAUGGAGACUGACAG